AAAAGUAGCUGGAGAAAACAAACUGCGCGCUUGAAGCACUAACACCUCGUCAUUGCUGUUACAUUAAUAUGCGUGUGCCCAAGGGCUUUCUCGGAGUCUGCAACAAGAAAUUCAUACGGGAAAUGCAAGCGCUUGUCGUAGUCUUUGGAUUGUUGAUGCAUCUAACCAAGGCCGAGCUUCCUCCUCCUACCAAUCUACCCAUUUCUCUGAGCUCUCAAGGGGCUUCCUUUAUCCCUGUGGACAGGAUUUUAACGAAAUUCCAUGCAAUUACCCAAGGAACCACCACCCUCUCGGUAGAUACUUUGAAACCGGUACCGACUGUUCAAACUAAAAUACCAGUGUACCCCCUUUCGCUCAGAGAAUUUCUACCUUUGAAUCCACAGAAGAGUCGGAAUCAGCACGAAAAUGUCUCUUUCAAGAGGUACCUACGGCCGCAGGUGUGGAUUGGGCUGAGGUAUCGGAGUGUCUGUGAUAAAGUCAAAGGGGCCGGGGGAUUCUAUAGCCCUGUAUUAAAGGAGGUUAAGCCGCCUGUUCGGUUUAAUGCGACACGAGUGUUUUCUCCCUUUGGAAGGAUCCCCUCUCAGGUGGAGCUGAUAGCCGGACCGCGGCCCUUGGAGUAGACCUGACUAAGCUGCCUGUUUGUGAAAUCGGCAUCUCAUCUGAGGAAUCGUAUUUAUAAACUAAACUGAAAUUAAAAUCCCUCAGUCGUAUUAAACAUAUCUUGUUCACCUUGAUUUAGUGCCCGAAAGAUAAAAACGAU